GUUUGCUUCUUUGUUGUUGAGGGGUAUGCGUCUACGAGAGAAGAGGGAGUGUAUGUCUUCAUGCGUACUGACGCGCAUACCUGCCUACCCGUCUCAGUCCCUCCUCACAGGACGACGACUCCGUGUCCUCUAUCCGCCGCCUCUUUGCAAGAGUGGGACUCGUGAUGACGGCGGGAUGCGGGGUGCGCGUUUGGCGCUUCCUGCCCCCUCUUCUCCUCUUCUCGCUUCUCUCUGGCUGGCAUCAUUUCGGAAACGGGGCGGGGCGGGACGGGACGGAGUCGGGACGAUGCUCCCCUCUGGCACAUAUAAAUAUGGUAACAUAUCCGGGAAUUGACCUAGGCGUACGUGUACGGGUUCUAGAGGGUGUAGGUAUGCAAAGCGAACACGAUGCUCGGGAGCGGGUAGCCUCUGAUCAGACAGACGCUGCUCCCUCGCGGCCUACCUUGUAUGAGAGAGACAGCAGCGCGAAUAGCUACGGUUGCGUUACGUCAAUAAACAGAACGAAUGAAUGUACACGGUUAAAAAGAUUGUGACACAUGUCGAAUCGAAUCGAAUUCAGUGUACGGAUAUGGGAGAGGCGAUGCUCAUC